AUGAGCAGCAGCCACAAGUGGACGAGGCUGCUCAUGAUAGGCCUGAUUGUUCUUUUGAUUUACUGUGGAAGUCCCAUGGCAAGGGAGCUUAAAUUGCGACCCCUGAGACUCGCAGAGGUUCGACAACAGGAGAAUUCUCUGCCCCAGGGUCGAUCCGUUUCCAGCGGCUUUGCAGCCCUCACUGGUUUUGCCCUGGGUUUGGGGAAGGCCCUCACUGGGGUCUUCAUUUACGACGUCAUCGUUGCCAAUGUUACCGAGGCGGAAGAAAGCAGUGUUUCACCGAAGAGUGGUUCUAUUAGGGAGAUCUGCUUAAACUCAGGCGGUCCUAAUUCAGAUAUAACUUGUAUUGUUUACUAUGUAAAUAAUUGA